AUGUGGGGCCUAGCUACCUGCCACGCUCGCUCGAAUUUAUCUUUUCUUCCGCCCAACACAACAACAACCCCACCCUGCUGCACGUGCUGGCAAUGCGGCUGGCGCCGUGCUGCCGUUGCAGCUGCAGCCUAUGCUCUGAACGCCUCUCUUUGGAGUCCAAAAACAGCUGCGGCUGCACCGGCAACGGCUGGAGCGCUCAGGAUGGCCUCCUCUCCAGGAGAGGGCUUUGCGCCCACCUCCGUAGCAGACAGAACGGCAGGAACGCCCACCCCAAGCAGAGUGCACCAGACUCCUUGGGAGAAUCCUCAACAAGGCAGCUUCUGUGGGGGCCGUCUUCUGUCUCGCACGCCACUGGCGAGGAGUCUUCCUCCACAGGAAGCUGCUCUCAGGCUAACCCGGAGUGCAGCCUCUCUCUCUCAUAAGCGGCCAAGAGACUCCUCCUUUUCCCUAUCAGCUGCUCGCGCCUUCUUCAGGAGCAUCGCUGAUGCUGGUACGCCUAGGCCUCCCAGCAGCUACGCAGCAGCAACUCCCCCUCCCGUAGCUGCUCAUCCAGCGACAUCCCUGCGCGAGGCAGCGGAGAAUUUGGCAGAGGCAAGGCCAGGGAUGCAGAGGGAAAUUCUGUGCGACACUCAGCCCUUAGAGUUUUUACCUUCGUCGCCUUCUGAUUAUCGAACGGCGGCAGUGGAAACGGGAGACACUGCCCCUGUCAAGACACAGGCGCAGUCAGUAGCUGCUCCAGGAACGCACCCGCGGGAGCGGUUGCUGCGCGACGCAUGCCAGCAGCAGCAGGAGGAGGCUUUGCAGCAACAGGAGGAGCAGCAGGAGGCUUUGCAGCAACAGGAGGAGCAGCAGGAGGCUUUGCAGCAACAGGAGGAGCAGCAGGAGGCUUUGCAGCAACAGGAGGAGCAGGAGGAGGCUUUGCAGCAACAGCAGGAGGCUUUGCAGCAACAACAGCAACGACAACAGGAGCCAGUACUGUCUUCUCCUGGGGGGGAUAAAGGAGUAUCCCUGCCUUCAUGUUUGCAGACACCUGCUUUUGGAGGCUUUGUCUCUGAAGAAGAGAAUGCCUCGCCGCACAGAAGGCCACCCUCAGCAAACCUCCUUCUGCUGCAUCCAACGCCAUCAUCUGUAGAACGACUAGCCUCGCUGACGGCAGCAGCUGCUCAUCGGGAGGUCAGUCCUCUUGCGCCUGAAUUGCUUGUUUCUCGAGACACACCGGAGGAAACAGCUUCCAGCGCUGCGCAUGCACUCGCCGCAGCCGCUGAAGAGAAUCUGCUCAGAGCCUCUCCCGCCCAGGAGGUCUCUCGGAGAGGCUUCCGUGCACGUGCAGCCUGUGCGUCAGACGCCGCGGCUGGAAGAUCUGCUUCUUCCUUCGCGUCGUCAAGCAAUCGGCAGCUCCUCGGAAGGCUGCCACAAGCAGCAGAACGCACAGCGAGAGGAGAGUCUGCAGCGGUGAGGAGAACCCCCUUCCCAAUGCUGCACAGCCGUCAGAACAUGCAGAAGAAACUGCAGCAGCACCAAGCGGAUAGAGCACCUGGUGGGGUAUCUCAAGCCUCCAGAAGCGAGUUGCUGCCUACGCCGACAAAAAUAUCGACUGCGGAAGUGGCUGCAGCGGCAGCAGCAGCAGCAGCAAGAGCGACAGCCUAUCCUCGCCUCCGGAGGUCAGUGUCUACCCCCAACCUGCCCGCUGCGGCGCUUCCUCAGCAGUAUGCAGUGACGGAAACAGCAGCAGGAGUGAGAAGAGGCUUUGCGAGAGCCCCCUGGCUGCCACUCCGAAGAAGGAGCCGCUCAGCCUCCCAUCUUCCAACGCUAGAUUCCGCACCACUAUCCUCGCCAACAACAACAGCUGGUGCAAGUCUGGCUAUUGCUCCAGCAGCGUCUUCGCGAGGACGUGCGAAUCUUCCCUCAGCAAGAACUGCAGCAGUUCGAUCCUGGGGAGCAGGAUCGGGGUGUGCCGCUCUCAAACGGCUGCCUCCUUGCGAGACGCGCCAGCUGCUCUCCCUCCGUCGCAGACGAUUGAACGAUUCGCCCCCAAGAGGCGUCCAGCCUCCAAGAGCUUCAGGGGCAGCAGCAGCAGACCACAGCCUUGCGGAAGCACAGCCUCAGAGCAAGGCAGCAGCAAGAGCGGCAGCGUCGGAGGCAGAGGCAGAGGCAGCCACAGACUCCUCUGCAGGAGCAGCUGCUGCGUCUGCUGCUGCGCCUCGCGAGACUCCGGAAGAAGCCUUCCCGGCGAGUGGGGUGGAAGGCCUUUCUGCCGCUGGGGAACAGGAGAGAUGCGAAGAAGAGUCUGCAGCAUCACCAACAGGGGAGCCAGGAGCGGGCUUGCCGCCUGUUUCUGCAGCUGCAGGAAGCUCUCCUCCUGCGCAGGGAGACAGGAGGCUGCAGCAGAGACCUCUUGGGGGGCCUGAAGCAGGUGAAAAAAAGGCGCAAAUGGAGGCGCGCACUCCCGAAUGCUCGGCAGCAGCCGCUGCAAGCCCUUGGGGAUGCAGCGAAAAGGCGCCUUUCAAAGCAAUGCCUUGUCUUGAAUCGGAAGCAGCUGCCGCGAUAGCAGAAAGUCGCCCACCCCAGCCGCGGGGGAGCGGAGAACCGGAAGGGGCCCUCCCCCUGCCUCCAAGCAAGCCGCGAGAAUUCCCCCUAGAAACUCCAGAAGGAGGCGCAGUAGCAGACACCUCGCAUGACCUCCCCGCAACUUCCUUUCCAGAGUCUGCAGCGCAACAUAUCCCUCCAGAGAAAGCAGCAGGAGGCGCAGUCUUUGCUCCGCUCGCGACUAAGACUGGAGGCCCCUUCGAGACGGCGCUGUUGCGAGACGCUGGGAAGCAGAUCCUGGAUACGCCGCAGCAGGAGAACCCCUGCACCUUUGCUGCAGCUGCUACUGCCGCAGGAGGGUUUGCAGCAGUUAGAAAGCGCCCUUGCCGGAGGUUCCUUCCAGCAGAGUUCGAUACAGACGCUUAA